AACUGCAACGGCUGACAACAGAUAGCUGGGUGGCAGGGAUAGGGGGAAAGGGGCUCUUCUGUGCAGCCACCUGAGAAGCCAUGAAAGAUCUCUGGCUUAAUCAAGGCAACAAAUCCAGGAAAACAACAUAACGCAAUGAUUCCCUUUACGCAAAUUGUAAAUUUGUAGUAAUUCGUAGCCGACUACAUUUAUUAUUCAAACCUGUUUUUGCUGUUAACUUGUCUAACAAAAGCAAAGAAACAGAGGAAAAUCUGAGGAAGAGGAAGAAAAUACAGUGUCCAGGCUCAAAGUGUUGGACAGGCUCAAAAAUAUCCCAAAUCCAAAAAGAAGAUAUUCGAAAAAAAGUUCCAAUCCGAGGAUAUAUAUCUCCAGUCAGUUUUGAUGUCAGAUGAAGGUAAAGUACGACAAUCAGAGCUUUUUUCUUCCGUCAAGCAACUAAGAAAAGCAGAAAAAAGAAAAAUCCGUCUAUCCUAUCCGUGCGUUUUUGUUUUGUUUUUGUGACUGAGGUGGCAUGAGUGGAGGUCGCUUUGAGUUUGAUGACGGCGGUGCGUACUGCGGAGGCUGGGAGGGGGGGAAAGCCCACGGCCACGGAAUCUGCACGGGACCCAAGGGCCAAGGCGAGUACUCGGGUUCCUGGAACUAUGGCUUUGAGGUGGUGGGAGUCUACACCUGGCCCAGUGGGAACACCUACGAGGGCUACUGGUCGCAAGGCAAGCGCCAUGGUCUCGGAAUUGAAACCAAAGGACACUGGAUUUACAAAGGGGAAUGGACUCAUGGCUUUAAGGGCAGAUAUGGCAUAAGGGUCAGCGGUGGAAGUGGGGCUAAGUAUGAAGGAACGUGGAAUAACGGGCUCCAGGAUGGAUAUGGAACUGAAACAUAUGCGGAUGGAGGAACUUAUCAGGGUCAGUUCACUGGAGGUAUGCGACAUGGCUACGGCGUUCGCCAGAGUGUUCCCUAUGGCAUGGCAGCAGUUGUGCGCUCCCCUCUUCGUACGUCCUUGACUUCGCUUCGCAGCGAGCACAGCAAUGGCACCGUCUUACAGCAAGAUAUCCCUGUCAUCACCACCACCAACGCAUCGGGUGAAGAAACACCUGUUGCCACCCCAACCCAGCUGGGACCGUCCCGGGGGGGCUUUGCUCUUUCCCUCCAGGUGGAUCCCGAGGCGGUGAAACCCAAAAAGAAAAGCCUUUUUCGCAGGGGCUCGCUGCUGGGAAAGUUGAAGAAGUCCGAUUCGAGCACGUCACUAUCGAGCCAGAAGAGCAAGAUUAGCUUUUUGAGGACAGAAUCUGCUCUCAGUUCCAAUGCCAGCGACACUAACUCCACCAUCAGCUGCGAUGAAAGUCUUGCUGGGGCUGAGGACUUCCCCCCGGUAGAAGCUGACAUAGAUGCCACCACCACAGAGGUCUACAUGGGCGAGUGGAAGAAUGAUAAGCGUUCAGGAUAUGGAAUAAGCGAAAGGUCCAGUGGAUUGAAGUACGAGGGCGAGUGGCUUAAUAAUCAAAGACAUGGUUAUGGCUGCACCACGUUCGCAGAGGGAGGGAAGGAGGAGGGCAAGUACAUGAACAACAUGCUGGUGAAGGCCAUGAAGAAGCGGGUGAUUCAGCUGAAGGGAACCAAGAUUAAGCAGAAGGUGGAACGGGCAGUGGAGGGUGCUCAGAGGGCAGCAGCCAUUGGCAAACAAAAGGCAGAGAUUGCAGCUUCCAGAACAGCACACGCUAAGGCGAAAUCAGAUGGAGCUGAACAGGCUGCGCAGGCCUCCAACAGUGAGUCCAGCAUUGCCAGACUGGUGGCCAAAGAGCUGUCUCCUUCCUUUUACCAACCAGGUCCUGAAUAUUUGAAGAAAAGAGUGUUACAAGAGGUAGUUGAAGACAAAGAGAACAUAGACACAAUCAUGCAUGAGCCCUUGCUGGCUGAAGAGGAGCCGCUACCCACACCGCCUGAAAGUCCUCUUCUGAGUGAACUGGAUAACCUCAGGCCCGGCUCAUCCCCGGGGCGCACCCCUUCCCCCAGCCCAGCUAUUAUCAGCAAAGAAGACCCCAAACUCCUUGGUCCGAGAGGCUGGAGUGAAGAUAAAUCCAGUAAAGUGGGUGUUGUUAAAGGUGGCAGUAAACCCAACAGUAAACCCAAUAGUCGCCCCACUACCCCUUCAACCUCAGGUUCUGCACCAGUUUUGGCUGCACCUGAUGGAGGAGCAGCCCCGAGCACUAAUGGUAGUCAGAGCAACAAGAAUGAGCAGGGCUCUGAUCUUCAGAUUAAGCCAUUGCAAAAAUUUGACUCAGAAGCUAAAGCUCCAGACUUCGCCCCAGUGGCUGCUACCCCUGUAAGGAAUAUCCUCACCUUGCCAGAUGAAGAAGAAGCCCAAAGUUCCACAUCCAGUGCCCCCCCCAAAGCUAUAACCCCCGAACCUAAAACCACCGAGGUAACAACUGAGAGAGCUCCAUCAGUCCAUGAACGACCCCCGUCGGCCACCGAGAAAAAAAUACAGUCCAGGGAGGGGAGCAGGCCCUCUAGCAAAGUGGAGACAAGGCCAUUGCCAAAACAACAAAUCUCCCUAUCUCCAACCCCCAAAAGUGUUUCUAAUCUUGAACCUAAAACAGUAACAAAGCAAGUUGAAGCCAAAGCCACAACUGCCAAACCUGCCGUGAAGUCUGUGAUGUCAAUCCAAAGUAAUGAGGUGAUUGCAGAGUCUUCAGAACUGGAGGGCCCCAACACAAUAAUGGUCUGCAUGGUAAUCCUACUCAACAUCGGCCUGGCAAUUCUCUUCGUUCACAUUUUGUCAUGAGACGCCUAUUACCACAUCAGGUUUCCAGCGGUGUUGGAGGAUGAUGUUGUUACUUCUCCUUCAUACGGACCAGAGAUGAAAGACUUCGCUGAUGGCUGACAGGAUACACCUUGAGUACACUGAAAUUUUUUGUUGGUGUAACUUUGCGAGGCUCCGUGGAGCUCAUCUCUUUCCAGUGCAAGAAACUGAAAGACACUACAAAACUGAGACCUCUCAGUUCAUCUGAAUAUGAUUCUUACAUAAAGUUGCAGACUGGACAUGUAAAGCAUGUUUUUGAAGCAGACAUAUUAGAAGCAAUGUGUCAAUUCAAAAGUCAACUUUGUCUGUUUUACACAAAUAUAUCAUACUUUUCAGUGUGGGUUUUAACAAAUCCCCUUUUUAGCUUAUACGGACUGACUCUCCCAACUCUAUAUCUGUAGUGUGUCUCAUUUUGUCACAAAAUUAUUUCUUACAGUAUUACAGCUACCAUAUGCGGACUGAUUUUUCCCCACUUAUCCUUGACCUUGAUUUGGCACGGCAGCAGACCUGAAGUAUUUGAAUGUGAUAACUGUGGCUAUAAAUUAUUUCCUUUUGAUCUAUGUCUGCUGUUUAAUAGCUGAAAAGCAUGCUUUAUUUUUUUUAAAUGUUCUCCCAAGGCUUCGAUAAAUGCUCAUCACGAAUUCAUCUUAUUGCUUUUCACUCCCAUAAGAAAGGCUCCAAAGUGUUACAUUUCUACUAAUUGCAUUGCACCAAAUCUUUAUAUGUGACAAUGGCUAACAACUGUGCAACAUUUUCUCUUUUCACUGAGAUUUUAUGCAUGUAUUCAGUCUGUUGAUAUUUUAACAGACUGAUGAGAAAUGAGAAAGAUAUGAGAAGCAAAACAAGAAGCUUGAGUGUCACUGCUGUAGUUUAGUAACAAUAUGUUCAUGUGAUGACACAUAAUGUUAUUCGAAUCCUAUGUCAGUUUUAAGGGUUUGGUAUAUAUGGAGAGGAAGAUACCUACAAUCAGUCUUUGUCAAAGCAGUAACUGUAUGUUAUGAUUGCGCAAUCUAUGAAUAUCUUUCAUUCUACAAAAGGUGGGUUGACACGCUGCAUUUGUCUGUGAAAGCAUAGAAACCUAUCCACCCUUUACCUAAAGCUUUAUAAUCACAGCUCUUUGCCCUUUAGAGACAUUUUUUGUAUGCAUGAGGCCACUUUGUGAGCACAUUUCUGUAUUGUUGUACUUUUUAAAGUGCACCUUUCAACAUUCACAAUACCCUGCUGCAAGAUAUUUUUGUUGAAAAGCACACUAUCCUAAAUUUACUUAUUUCCCAAAGUUGAGUUGGAUUACCUCAUGAUACUGAGAGAGGAAAAACACAGAAUGAUUCUUAACUCCAUGUCUUACAGUGAGAAGAGUUGUUUUUUCUUUUUUUUUGAGGGGGUAGUUGGGGAUUAUAAAGAAAUAGCUUCUAUUUUUCUCCCUUUAAGUUUGCUAAGAAAAACUGUAGAUAAAACUGGGAAAAUGUAAGGGUAUUUGCAAAAACUGCUUUCAAUAAAAGCCCCGUGAUAAUGGAUCUGUUUUUUUUCCCCAAUCUAUUCUCACAAUUUAUUGUAGUGUUCAAAAGUGACACUUUAUUAAUCGAAACAUUUUGAAUUUUUACGUUUACUAUUACAAAAAAUAACCAAGUUUUAAUUAGAAUACAAACCCUUUGAAUUACUUUUAGUAAGAGGGAAGCUUUAGGCAUACCACUCAGUUACAGUAAAUUGAGUUGAGUAAAAGCAGCAUUAAGUAUUUUUAAACACCAACUGACUGCCAGAAUGAGGCACCUUCUGUCCCUAGAGCCACACCAAAUUCCACGCCUUAUUUUGGACUUUAAUCCUUCUCAGGCAGUUGUUCCUGACAAAGGGUAACCACUCUGGAGUCAAGUUUAACAUGAAGUGCAAGCACGUUUGUACAUUCAAAUAAUUAAAUAUGAAAAUAAAACUGCAGCAGUUGGCAACUUGGCAGUUGGUUUUUCACUUAAUGAUCUUAGGCACAAAUAGAAUCACUGCCCUCUAGUGACCAUUAAGUGAAAUUACACUUAAAGUAUUGUUUGUACCUCAGCUCUAACAUUUCCAAAGUUUCAUCUAAAAAGUUAAUUGGUCAUGAAAAUUACAAUAACCAAGAACUACUUAAACUGUUGUAAAUAUUUUCUGGAAAUGUCCAGUGCUGAAGGAAAAUACACUACUACUCAGCCUGCUAUUGAAAACUUAAUUGAACUCUCACUUCAAACUUUUGAUGCC